AAUCUGGCAACCAACAAUCUCUUAUAAGCGAGGAAAGUUUGACAAGUGAGCCUCAGUUUCUCAGUCCAACCGAGUCGGAGUUUAGGAAGUUGCCGGAGAAAGUCCUCCAGGGCUCGGCUCUCCUCUCCUCUUCCUCCUCGCUGUCCAUUCAGCAGAAACACGCCCCAAGAUGGGUGACUGGAGUGCUUUGGGCCGGCUCCUGGACAAGGUACAGGCAUACUCGACAGCCGGAGGCAAGGUCUGGCUCUCCGUACUCUUCAUCUUCCGCAUUUUGGUGUUGGGCACAGCCGUGGAGUCGGCGUGGGGCGACGAGCAGUCUGCAUUCAAGUGUAACACUCAGCAACCAGGUUGCGAGAAUGUGUGCUACGACAAGUCUUUCCCCAUCUCUCAUGUCCGCUUCUGGGUGCUGCAGAUCAUCUUUGUGUCAACGCCAACUCUCCUCUACCUGGCACACGUCUUCUACCUGAUGCGCAAAGAGCAGAAGCUGAACCGGCAGGAGGAAGAGCUGCGCGCCGUCCAGAAUGAUGGCGCUGAUGUGGACGGGCCACUGAAACGCAUUGAGCUGAAGAAGUUCAAGCAUGGUCUGGAGGAGCAUGGCAAGGUGAAGAUGAAGGGUGCCCUGUUGCGCACCUACGUAGUCAGCAUCCUCUUCAAGUCUCUUUUCGAAAUUGGUUUCUUGCUCAUCCAGUGGUACAUCUAUGGCUUCAGUUUGUCUGCUGUGUACACCUGUGAGCGUUCUCCAUGCCCCCAUCGUGUCGAUUGCUUCCUGUCGCGUCCCACCGAGAAGACGGUGUUCAUCAUCUUCAUGCUGGUGGUGUCGCUUGUCUCCCUGGUGCUCAAUGGUGCUGAGCUCUUCUAUGUAUUUUUCAAGCGUAUCAAGGACCGUGUCAAGGGAAAACAGGGUCAGUUUCAGUCCAACACCUUAACCCACCCUCCCAAGGACGUGCCAGGCACCAAGUAUGCCUACUACAACGGAUGCUCAUCACCCACAGCACCACUGUCUCCCAUGUCGCCGCCAGGCUACAAGCUAGCCACAGGCGAGAGGACCAACUCUUGCCGCAACUACAACAAGCAGGCGAGUGAACAGAACUGGGCUAACUACAGCACCGAGCGUCAGCGCUUGGGCCACAACGGCAGUACCAUCUCCAACUCGCAUGCGCAUGCCUUCGACUACCCUGAUGAUGGUCACGAGCACAAGAGGGCGCCGGUGGGCGGUGAGAUGCAGCCUUUGGCGCUCACUGAGCCGAGACCGGCCAGUCGCGCAAGCAGCCGUGUGAGCAGCCGAGCCAGGCCUGACGACCUGGAUGUCUAAAAGCUAACCCAUGCCAUGCUUGCGUUGUGCCAGUCUGUUAAAGAAAUGGACAGAAGGUGCAGAGACGGAGAGAAAAAUACUGUCUCCUGCACCCGGGGAAAGGACACUGUCCUGUGUCCUGUCCUCGCACUAGACUCUAGAUGCAGAGACGUAAAAUUACUCACACUGCUGGAGGUACUAUGUGUUAAUUAACGUCAAUGUUGAAGACUAGCGGCGCUAACAUGCCUUUAACAGCUGUCCGGUGACGGGGUGAGAGGCCAAUGAGCAUAUUCAGUUCACUUCCUGUAAGUCCCCCAUUUCCCCCGGAUGAAAUUCAUCCUUGGUCAUGUGAUCGAUUGUUUCGUUGUUUUAUCCUGCAGGCAAGUUUCAUUUAAACAUUUCCGAAAUUUAAAAAAAAAAAUACGAUACUCCAUUAUUUUACACCCUUCCCAUCAUGUUCCUCAUCUCUAUGACCUCGACACUGUCUAGUCAAAUGGGGUUGUGUGUAGGUUCCUAGUGCUGAAGUUCAUGAAUUAAUAUUUAUUUAUUCAUAAAGAGUAGAGGACAUCCACCACUCAGUGACUGACUACUACUCAAGGUCAUAUCCAUCUGAAUAAUACUUCACACAAAAGUAAGAGCAAUAACAAAUCACUAGAGCCAACUGCAUAUUUAUUGACAAUAAUCCAAAUUUUGGCAAUACAUUUAUUAACAAAAGGUUGCUUUUAUUAAUCGUAGUGGACUGUUGUUUUCCUGAUAAACUUUGAAUAUAUGUGGUGUUAGUUUUGAUUAUUUUGUGUUUGUUAUAUUGGUGUGGGGCAGAAGAUCUGUUUUUUUUUUUCAUUUUUAUUUUACUUUUUUUUUUAAAUUGUGUUUGAAAAAAAAACAACAACUUUGAGAGAAAGGCUUUAUAUGAUUUCCCUCUUUUUAAAAUUAAGCCACUUUUCCUUAUUUGUCUCGUUGAACGGAAGAGGAAAGUUAGUUAUAUGUGUUCUACCCAUGUAGUGAGUGGUUUUUGUUUUAAAUCAGUGUAAUCGUGCUGCUUGAGAGAUAGAGUUUUAGUACUGUAAAUCAAGCUAACUGUGUCACAAAUGUGAGUUUUUAGAAGACUGCUAGUUAGAGCUGGACUAAUAUUUAGUCAUUUAAAUAAAUAAAAAAGAGAUAUAUGCCAAUGUAGCUCCACAAUUACCAAACACUAGUAGAUUACAUUUAAUUUUGGACCUUUUUAAGGUUUUGAUUUGCAAUCUUUACAUCACAGCAUAUCGGUACUCAAAGCAUGGAGGUUCUUGGAUAUAUUUUUUCAGCUACAAUGGUGUUUGCACUGAGACUUUGGCAAGGAUGUUGUAUGAUACAGAAGUGGCAACAUGUUCUCUCUGUUAUGCAUGUUACUAAUUUAUUUGACCACACACCAGGCCAACAAUCUCUAUAUUAAAACAGAUUUCAUGUAACCCUUAGUAUGUGUUUGGACCUUGAAGGCCCAUACCAAGAUAUUUCAUAUCCACUGAAUACGGCAAAUACAGUUUUAUGAUUAUUUGAUGAAGAGUGUUGAGAAAAUGUCCCACUGUUGUACAGUGUGCAAAUGCAUGAUAGCGAAAAAAGUCAUUAAUCAAAUCUGUGAAAAAAAAAAAUGGCUAUUUUAACCAAUAAAGAUUUUUCUUUGUUAUA